AUGUCGGGCCGGGAUAUGAUCGGGAUCGCCAAAACCGGAAGUGGAAAGACCCUCGCCUUCCUGCUGCCUAUGUUCAGGCAUAUCGCCGACCAGCCAGAGUUGGAAUCAGAUGACGGACCCAUUGCGAUCAUCAUGACUCCAACGAGAGAGCUGGCCAUGCAGAUCGGCAAGGAGUGCAGGAAGUUCAGUAAGUCGUUGAAUCUCCGCUGUGUCUGCGUCUACGGGGGCACCGGCAUUUCAGAACAAAUUGCCGAGUUGAAAAGAGGGGCGGAGAUUAUCGUUUGCACUCCUGGCAGAAUGAUUGACAUGCUGGCGGCCAAUAGUGGCAAAGUGACGAACUUACGGAGGUGCACGUACAUUGUACUGGACGAGGCAGACAGGAUGUUUGACAUGGGCUUUGAACCUCAAGUGAUGAAGAUAGUGGACAACGUACGUCCAGACAGACUGACCGUCAUGUUCAGCGCGACCUUCCCGCGGCAGAUGGAAGCCCUGGCCCGCAGGGUCCUCACGAAGCCCAUCGAAGUCACCGUCGGAGGUCGGAGUGUCGUCUGCGCCGAUGUUGAACAGUUCAUCAUAGUUCUGGAAGACACGCAAAAAUUUCUGAAACUCCUCGAGAUCCUUGGUCUCUACCAGGAGAGAGGCUCGUGCCUGGUGUUCGUCCACAAGCAGGAGCAUGCAGACGAACUGAUGAAGAACUUGCUGAAGCACGGCUACCCGUGCAUGUCGUUGCAUGGAGGCAUCGAUCAAUACGAUAGGGACAGCACCAUGGAAGAUUUUAAAGCUGGAAAUAUCAAACUGCUGAUCGCCACUUCGGUUUGUAGCAGAGGUCUCGAUGUAAAGGACCUCGUUCUGGUUGUCAACUAUGACUGUCCUAAUCAUUACGAAGAUUACGUGCAUCGGUGUGGACGCACUGGGCGGGCGGGGAACCACGGGUACGCCUACACGUUCGUCUCACAUGACCAGGGCAGACACGCCGGUGACCUCAUCAAGGCCCUCGAACUUUCGAAAACCCCCGUCCCCGAAGAGUUGAAGGUCUUGUGGCAAAAGUUCAAGGACGAAAUGGAAGCUGAUGGAAAGAAGAUAUCAAGUUACAGUGGCUUCCACGGCAAGGGCUUCAAAUUCGACGAGACAGAAGCCGAACUUGCGAACGACAGGAAGAAGCUGCAGAAGGCCGCUCUAGGACUGCAGGACAGCGAUGAUGAAGACGCUGGAUUGGAUAUCGAGCAGAAGAUAGAGCGAAUGUUUGCAAGCCGAAAGAGGGUUUGUGACGUCAACCAAUCACUGACCUCCUUGCCAUCGGCCAGCAACAUCAACAACGUUCAAUCUCAAUCCAACCUCGAGAAAUUGGAACUUGCUAAGAAGGCUGCCAGUCAGAUUAACAUACUCAAGAAUACAACCGCUGAACCCUUGGACGUCAACCAGCAGGCGGCAGCUGCCAUUCUGAAGGGAGGCGUGGCCGUCACCCAUGUCUCGUCAAAAACUAUCGCCGAACAAAUGGCGGAGAAGAUAAACGCCAAAUUAGGUUACCGACCGAUGACGGAAGAGGAGAAGGAGGCGGAGUUAGGAAUCCUACCAGCCAAUCAGGUUGCAGAACCAACGAAGAGGUAUGAAGAGGAGCUUGAGAUCAAUGAUUUCCCCCAGACGGCCAGAUGGAAAGUGACAUCUAGGGAGGCCCUGUCUCAAAUUAGUGAGUUCUCAGACGCUGGUAUCACCGUCAGAGGUAUCUACAUACCCCCAAAUAAAGAUCCUAAAGAAGGUGAGAGGAAAUUGUAUUUGGGUAUCGAAGCUACGAGUGAGAUAGCCGUGCAGAAAGCAAAGGCGGAAAUAACCAGGCUCAUCAAAGAGGAGCUUGUACGAUUGCAAAACUCUUACCAGCCAAUCAGCAAAAACCGAUACAAAGUUUUAUAAGGGCGGCAAUGAUGAUGAAAAUGAUGCACACAAUAAUUAUAUCGAUACCACAAUGAUGGCUCGAUUGAACGGAUUUCGAACUAUUUUAUGAAAAUGUUUUACUGGCUCUUUAUUGAUCUUAUAUUAUUAUUCAUUUUAAUUAUCAAU